AUGGCUGAACCAACUCUAGAGGAAUUGAAACAACAACGAGCUUCAACCAGGGGAAAAAACGAUUCAAGUUUAACAAAAAUUGAAAAAUUUUAUUAUUUGUUGUCGUGUCUAACCGAUCAAGCUCUCGGUACAGUAAAGGCCUAUCAAGUAACAGAAGCUAAUUAUCCUAAGGCACUUGCAAGUUUAAAGGAGCGUUAUGAUAAUGACUGUCUCAUAUUUUUAGAAUGCAUUUCGCAACUUAUCGAAUUACCAAAGAUUCCAAAGGCUUCUUCAGUUUCGUUACGGAGUUUGGUAGACAACAUUUCUGCACUAUUCAGUUCCUUGCUUUCGAUAGGUUCAUAUGAAAAUAUCUGCAAUGCAAUUAUAAUUCACAUUGCCAUAUCAAAGGUGGACCAAGAUACACAGUCUAAGUGGGAUGAGCAACUCGACUACAAGAAGCUGCCUGAAUGGAAGGAAUGUGCAAGCGUUCUCAACAAACGAUGUCAGUUCCUGGAGGCUAGAGAUAGCAAACAAAGCCGUUCAGAAUCAACUUUGAAACCAGCCAUCAAAUCAAAACCAACUUUCGUGAACCAUCAUCGUCCUCAAACUUCACUAGCUGUUAGCCAACGAUCUUGCAUCCAUUGCGGGGACAGAACUCAUUCAAUUACAAAUUGUAAAACUUUUCUCGAGCUAUCUGUUAUGGAUCGAUUUUGGAAAUCCAAAAAAUUAGGUCUAUGUUUGAACUGUUUAGGUAAAGGGCAUAAUGUUUCCAGAUGUCCAUCACAUUAUAAAUGCCAAGUUUGCAAACAACCGCAUCAUAGUCUUUUGCAUAGAAACAAAUCUACAGAACCUGUUGCUGAUAGUACCGAUGUUCAACAACACACAUCCCAGCCAACUUCGUCAGCUGCAGUGCACUCGGCAAUGGAAAAGGAGCGUAUUCCCGAAGGUCAAGUUAUCCUGGCAACUGCUUUAGUUUUGGUUAAAGAUUCAUCAGGAGGUUUUCAGUUGGGAAGAGUUUUACUUGAUUCAGGGUCUCAGGUCAAUUUUAUAAAUGAGAAAUUCGCAAACUCACUUGGUUUACAAAAAGACAAGAAGAUCGUGGACAUCGUAGGAAUUGGUACAACAGAAACAAAAACAAAACAUCAAACACAAACUACGAUUCGAUCAAGAUAUUCCAAUUUUGAAAUUUCCUUGGAGUUUUUAGUAGCCCCAUCUAUUACGGGAUAUCAGCCUGAAGCAGCACUUAAUGUUAGUGGUUGGAAUAUUCCGAUUAGUUCUGAACUAGCAGAUGAGAGUUUCAACCGACCUGGUCAAAUAGAUUUGUUGUUAGGGGCAGAAGCAUUUUUCGAGUUGCUCGAAUCAGGUCAAGUUAAAUUGGAAAGUCAUGCUUCGUCAAUUCAAAAGAUAGAACUAGAAGAGAUUCAGUAUCUUAAAUGCAAAUGGUCAGAGGAGCAAAUUGAAUGUGAAAAUCAUUUCAUAAAAACAGUAGAGGUUCUUCCAAGUGGUCGUCUUAUGGUCCAAUUGCCUUUGAAGAAAGAUCCUUCUUGUCUUGGAGCUUCUUAUGACAUAGCAUUUCGAAGGUUUUUAUCUCUGGAGCGCAGAUUAUCUAAAAAUAUUGCUUUGAGAACACAAUAUGUAGAUUUCAUGAAAGAAUAUGAAGCUUUAGGUCAUAUUUCGCUGGUAACUAAUCCAAAUCUUGAGCAAACUCAUUAUUAUUUGCCACAUCAAUGUGUAGUACGUCCCGAUAGCGUUUCUACAAAAUUACGCGUAGUCUUCGACGCGUCUUGUCGCACUUCUUCGCAAAUUUCCUUAAACGGAAUCCUUAUGGUUGGCCCUACAAUACAGGACGAACUUCUCAUAACAUUGCUUCGCUUUCGACUAUAUAGAUAUGCCUUGACUGCAGACAUCGUCAAAAUGUAUCGACAAGUCUUGGUACAUCCAUCGCAAAGAAGUUUGCAGUAUAUUUUGUGGAGAGAGAAUUCACAAACUCCAGUUAAAACUUAUCAAUUAAACACCAUCACAUAUGGUACUUCAUCGGCUCCGUUCCUGGCAAUUCGUUGUCUUCAAUACUUGGCAGAUACAAAUCAAGACCGCUUCAGUUUAGGUGCUUCAUGUCUUAGCAACGACUUUUAUGUGGACGACAUGCUAACUGGGGCAGACGAUUUAGAAACGUUAACUCGCAAAAGGAACGAAGUAGUUUCCAUCCUGAAUUCUGCUGGGUUAGAGCUGUAG